AUGGCUCAGCAGGAGAGCUAUCACGCCCCUGCACCCCUGCAGUCACAAGCCGAUGAGAUCUUUGGGCAGCAAGGACAAGAAGAAAGCGAAAGAGAUGAGCUUCGUGGAGUCAUCGACGACUUGACUGUGGAGAACAAGAGACUAAAGACCAUUCUCAAAACCUGGCACACCCGGCCGAAUCCGUCGUCGUCUUUGGGUCCUGACCGGAUCAUUGAAGUUCGUAUGCAUGGCUUACCUGCGGAGAGGAAAAGGGAGCUCGAGCAACUUCUCAAAACAUUUGCACAUGGUCUCAACAAUGCGGAAUCGCCGUCUCAACCUGGCUCGUCGUUACCGAUGGAAAAGUCACUGCCAAGUACGGAAAGGAGUCUGCUAACUGGCCAAAGACCAGACCAGAACAACACCGACUCUGGUUAUGCAUCCAUCUCGGGCUCGGGCCUUAACUCCUCCUCCGGUGCAGCAAGGCUCAGCGAACCUGUUUCCAAGAGCAAGAAGGAUAAAGACAUCAAGAAUUACCUGCAUGAUAUUCCCGACUCUCUCUUCCCUCAAGACACCAUGUCCGUGAGCGACAGCGCCAAAAUGAUUCUUGUCGUCCAGCGACUGGAACAACUGUUCACUGGCAACCUCGCGAAGCCCGGGGAACACAGUCUACCUCUCCAACAACAGAGAAUUUCUCGUGCUGCGGCCAAGGCCGAUCGUGCAGAGAACCGUAGGCAGAAUCGCGAGACUAGAGUGGAAGGGUUACGUGAAGCGCGUGUACUGCCGCCGGAGUCAAGAAUCAAUUUUGAUUCGGUGGAACAAGAACAGCUACAAACUCAAUCCAGGGGCCAGACUGGGAGAUCAGCAGUUUCGACCUCAGAGAGUCCUGCGUCAUCUGAACGUCCCGCUUCUCCGGAUCAGCGUCCUACGCGACCCUUAGAUCUCGACAUACACCGUGCUCAGGUGGCUGAAGAAAACAUCAGAUAUCUUCGACAUUUGGGUAUUGCAUCGCCUCAAUUUGGUGAGAGCCCGUCGCAGCAGCAACCAUGGCUCUAUUUGAACCUGCUAUCCAGUAUGGCUCAGCUUCAUACUCUCAACGUCACGCCAGCCUUUGUUCGAAAGGCCAUCAGGCAGCGGAGCACCAUGUUUGAGCUUUCCAAAGAUGGGCAUAGAAUCCGUUGGAAGGGGGAUGCAAUGGCUCCAUACUUGCCUGAUAUCCAGGUAAGCCCGGAUUCGGCAGAGCUCCGUGGCUCUGAAGACACGACCGAUGAGGGUGGCCGUCAAAGUGGGAGAGGAAGCAACACAAGUACUAUGAACGAACUUUCCAUGUCUUUAUCAGAUGACAAGAAACUACGUAAGCCAGGCGCAGCUGGGUUGCAACUAAUCAACUCCGUCAGUUCCUCUUCCAAUCUUGCUAUAAAUCAACCCUCAUGCAAGUCAAUGUCGACCGCCUUUGAUUACAAGCCAAUUGUUUUCAAAGGCAAGAAAAACCCCCUGAAAGCUGGCAACUCCUACCUCGACUCGUCGAGCUCCAAUGGGGACUUUUCACCGGACUAUAGCGACCUCGCGCACGCACUCAGUCGGUCAAGCCUCAAGUCCAAGGAUGAUUCUCGGGAGGGCCUUAUGACUUUCUUCAGCAACCCGUAUUAUUGCACAGAUCUAAGCGGAGAUCGCUCGCCUAUCAAUCUCCGAUCGCUUGACCCCGAAGAUAGCCGUGAGGUCCUGGGAAUGGACAAACUGCCCCAAUCAGAAGAUUCGAUUAUUCGAGAUGUCAACGCUUGUUAUUACACUGCCCGAGUUGAUCCAGCCUUAAGAGCUUGGCCAACGGAAUGCUCGGAUGUGAAGAUGGCAAUGAAGCCCAUCAAGACUAGUGGAGAGGACGAGACACAACCUCUCGAGUUCGAGGCAUCUGGCAUCGGUGGCGUCAGGCCAGAAGACAACUUUGCCAUUGACGUUAAGAUUGCGAGAACCAAACUUAAGGAUAGCGAACGCAGAGAAGAAGGAAAAGGAAAAAGCGGUCUUCGUGGCCUUGACAAAUAUUCUUACCAACUGGAAAAAUGUAUGCAGUUGUCUCUUCAGCCUUCUCGCCUGCCACCGCCAAGUUAUGUUUUCAACAACACCAGUUCCUCGUCGAGUGCCGAAAAGGGUCAUUUCUACGAAGAUUCAGACAGCGAUACAUCAGAGGACGAUGACUCUCCCGCACCUGGAGGGCUGAUGUGGCGAUGGUCUUCGGAUUCAAAUGAACGUUUGAUGGGCGAUGAUGGAUCUGAUGUCAGUUCCUCUCCAGGGAUUUUGGAAGCAUCACGGUCUCGAUUGAUCCACCCCGGUGUCGUUGCUCCCGGAGAUCAUGAUUACAUGAUAAAUCCGGGUAGGACCAUGAGUGGCAGCUUAGCAGCCACGGUUGGUGCCAGUUGGUCAGCCAAGUCCAACGUCGAGUUGGAGCCUGAGCCGGCCGUUGCAGAGGACGAGCUAUCGAGUGAAAUGAGUGUUGAUGAGGAUAGUCUUUGA